AUGUGGUUUAAAAAUAUCGGCUCGAAAGGGAAGGAAAGGGAGAAGAACUUCGGCGGUCAGGAGGACGCCAUCGACUACGACGAGGAGGAGGAGCACAAGAGAGAUGACGCGGUGGACGAGGCGGAGGAUGGUGCAAUGGACGGUAUCGUGAACGGUGCGGAGGAUGGUGCAAUGGGCGGUAACGACGACAAUGCCGUAGAGGGCGCACACCAAAGAGAAGACGCCUCGGAUGAGGAAGAAUGCCCCCUGGACGAUGUCCAAAUUAACGAACAAAUAGAAAACCUCAUAAAAAACAUGUCAUCCGAUGAGGAAGAAGAAGGAGAAGUGGUAGAAGACGAAAUUCCGUACGAUCGAAUUGAAACAAAUAGCGAAUUAAACAAAGAAGUGAUUCUUCUCAAUUUUUACACAGACAUGUCCAGUCACAGAUUAACUUCCCUGAUGAAUAUCUUCGGGAAAGUGAAACUCUCCUUUAUAGACGACAACGAGGGGGUCCACGUCAUCUUCAAUUCGGUUAAGAGCUCCAAAAGGGCAAAGGAAUAUCUUGAUCAUUUGAAGAUUAAAAAUAGGAGAAUACAAGUUGUUUACGGGACGUAUCAGGAGAGAGGAGAUGAUCCGAGGGUGGAUGGUGCUUCUGCACAAGGGGAGGACACACUUGUCACAGGUGAAAUGAGAAGAACGCCAAACGAUGCUUACACCACGUCGUAUCCUGACAUAUCAGGAAACCAUAAAAACGGAAAGACACCGGUAAAGCUAUAUAAAAAUAGGAAGUAUUAUCAGAACACCAUUCCGACACAUGCUCAGAACAACGAGGCCACCCAUUUUACAUACAACAGUGAAGUCAGAGGUAUGGCACCCCAUGUGAAUAGCAGAGCAUACUUUGUCCCCCCACCAUCCAGUACAAAUAGGUUGAACGAAUUCGUCCCUCCAUCCGAAAUGCCCUUCAGUCAACAGGGGAAGGCACCGAUAAACAGCCACUUGCACGGCCACACCAGGGGCGGCACUCCGAACAAGCACCAUCACAAUCGGAUCCACCAUCCGGAUGAGGCCGCUCUCCAUGACAUGAGUCCCCUCAAUAACGCUGCUAAUUAUGUGCAUCCCCCCCCUCCCCCCCCGCCGAGGUCCGUAACGCUGUAUAGCCAGUCGUUCAACGAGUCGGGGAGAGGAGGUCAGAUGGAAUCCUACCCUCAUUAUAGUCACCCGAACAAUCCGCCAGGUAGGCACCCCAACAACAUCCACCACCCGUCCUCCUACCCAGGGGGGGGAGGCCCUGUGAACAGAAUGCCAAAUAACCCGCUGCUACCUCCCCCCGUGAAGAGCAAAAAAAUGACCGCAAAUUUUCCCAACACCUUUUCAGGCGGGUAUAAAAAGAACAGCUUUGAAGCCCCACCUGGAAACCCUCCCUACGUUUCCUACUCCAAUCAGCAUCCCACGUCUGGUAUCAGCCUACACAUGAAGGGAGUGCCUCCCCCCCCUCACCUGAUUGGAAGCUCCACUCAUGCGGAAGCCAGCACGGCUAAUCAUCCCAUGGGAGGAAAUCAACCUCCUCUUCUGAUAAUCCCCCGUACCAGGGACCACCCUGCCUCCGCCACAAUGCCUCCGUAUAGCAGCGGCCUCUACAGAUCCCAUGCGAGUAAUAACCAACACCAUGGCGGGAACACCUCCUACGGGAACGUCGCCAGCGGUGAGGAUUACCCCCACACGCUGUAUGCCAACUAUGAGGAGUAUACCCCGCACGGGGCACAGAGAGCGCAACCACCACAUAUAGUGAAAUCGGCGAAGCUUGCAAGGUACAGCGAAACAGGUAGACAUAGAAGGUACCAGAACCCGCUGUUCACAUCUGAAAGGGAAGUGAAUCUGAACGGCGAAUCAUUUGAACACACCCCAUUUAAUGAGGACAACCCCUUUGGAAUCAGUGAAGAGAAUCAGAUGGUAGACAAUCCAACGUGGAAUGAGAGGAAGACAAAACCGGUUCUACAUUGGGAUCAGGAUGCAUCUGUCGAAAUGAAUCACCUCGAUUCUGUAGAUUCAUUUAGAUCAACCAAAGUUUUCAAUCGCUACCUGCUCGUAACGAACAUUCCGGACCACCUGGAUAAUGAAAACAAAGUGAAGGAACACAUAAAUGAGUUAUUUUCCAGCGAGAAAGUGCCCUCCUCGUGUGUGGAUGUUUCCCUCUUUGUCUCCAUUGAAGUGGACGAGGAGAGGUUCUUUAAGAAUGCCAUCAAGGGGGAGGAGGAGCAGGAAGCAGCCAUUGAGGCGGCGGAAGAAGCAGUGAAACAAGAGGAAGGGGAAGUAGUCAAUCCGGAGGCGGACCGAGCAGUCAAUGAAGCGGCGGACGAAGCAGUGAAACAAGAGGAAGGGGAAGUAGUCAAUCCGGAGGCGGACGAAGCAGUUACUCAGGCGGCCGACGAAGCAGUCAAUCAGGGAGCGGACGAAGCGGAGGACAAUCCCAAGGGGGGCAGGCGCAGGGGUGCGAAAAAGGCGGCCGCGCCAAGGCAGAGGAGGAAGCGAGGGAAAGCCAAGGAGGAGGAGGAGCAACAGGAGCAGAAGCAGGAGCAGUUGGAGCAGCUGGAUCAAGCGAAUGAAGCGGGUGCAGGGAAUGAGGCGGGUGCAGCGGCCACAGCGGCCACAGCGGCUGACGCGGGUGCAGCGCCCGGGAAGCGGUAUGCCCACCUGACCUUCAGAACCAUCAAGAAUUGCCUGCAGGCAAAGAAGGUGCUAGAAAAGAACAAAUUUAGAGUGACAUUCUCUGUCCCUAUCAAAGCCAACGGCUGUCUCUGGAUAGGAAACAUCUUAAAGACCUAUUUCGACAACACAGUCAGUGUUGUCCUAACCAUGUUCGCACACUUCGGUCCAAUGAAAAACGUCAAGUAUGUCUGGGAGAAAAGCUGCCUCUUCCUCCAGUAUUCCAGUGUGACUGACGCUAUCAAGGCGAGGAACCACAUGUAUGGAUUGCAGGUCUCAAACGGUAUCAUGCUGAACAUAGACUUUUCUAUCCUUGGAGAUGGGGAAAUCAAACAACAGAAGAUAAGUAUUACUCGGAAGAGGCUGCUAGAUUCACUUGCGUACGAUAAUGGAGAGAUGAAGGGGAGGUUAGAAUCCACCCUGAGGAGGAGGAACAAUGGAUUUAUCGACUCAAAAGUGAUGCUUCUUCUGAAGGAGGGACACAAUCAUGAUAGUCAUACAGGAGAUAGCCAUAUAGGAACAGACGGGGUUCGCAUUAAAAGAUACGCCCCAGACAGGAGUGACGACUACAAUGUGAGAAGAAGACCCAACAUCGAUCAAAAUCAUUCACGUAGCACCUCCUUGCAUAGGAGGAGACACCGAUCUUCUGCCAUCGAUUCGCAUCUAACUAGUAACUCCGCCAAUGAUAAAACACGUGGGGGGCAUGGCCAUUCAAGGUAUGAUAACAGGGAGACAAGACGGUCUUCCAAAAGGAAGGGAACAACCACGUCAUAUUAUUACCACCACGAUUACCACGGUUACCAUGAUGACUAUGAUCACCACGGUCGCUACGAUCGCCACGAUCAGCACGAUCACCGCGAUCAUCACAAUCACCACCGUCACCACUAUGAUCAUCAUAGAAGACACAAGAGAAAAAGAAGCCGAAAUAGUGCAAGUGACGACCGUGGUGGUGCCGCUGGCUAUAGCUUUCCAGGGGAAGGAGGCUCAGCAAGCCAGAUCGGGAAGCGUGGCCCUAACGGGAACCACGCGGAGGAACACACAGACAGCGAUUUUAACAGCCUGGACGGCGUCGAGCUCAACGACUACAAUGAUAUCCAAAAAACGGUUUCCUUCUAUGUCAACCAGAAGUACAAGUGUGACUUUAUCUCCAACUUCUACGACGGGAAUCCCGAGCUGAAGAUCUACCCAAAGCUGAAUGUCGAAACAAAGAGCGACGUGCAAAACCUCAUGAACAUCCGGAACUCCUGCAUCGAUUACUCCGUCUGGCAGUUGGGACCAACCGUCAAACAGAAGAAAAAAUUCGUGCACAUCUGCGAGCACUUCAGUAAGAAGAAGAACAUCCCCGUCAUCAUCGACAAGAACCUUACCAUCUUCAUCGUCCCGAUGAAGGAGGACUACCUGAAGGACCUCGGGGUGGGUGCCAAGGCGAUCGACAACCCGGACUUCAUGUACGCCUUUGUCCUCCAAACGAAGAAGGCCUAG